CCCAGGCGUCAGUCAACAGAAAAGGCUUCGCAGGGAAACUAAGAGGAGGAGGAGGAGGACGCCAGAAAGCGCCUGGCGCCGCACAUGCUGGCAUCCCGACAUUUCAAACAACACGCGUGUUCCCGAUAUUAUCCCACGAGGGACGACCCCACCCACCUCCCUCCCUCCCUCCCAGCCUUUGGAGGGACCCUUCCCACGCGGGAUCUUUCCCAGAAAGACAACAAUGGGAUUUUUAACACCUGGUUUUGCCAAUCCCUGGAGCUGAUCUGAAGAAGACCCUCGAGUGUCCAUGGGCUUCCUCCGCAAAGCUUGGAGCUGCUCUUUGCUCUAAGACCCCGGCCCUCAAACAAUCCCUUGGCAUAACACCAAGCGGCAAGUGGUUGAUUCAGGAUGUUCUUCCUUCUAUUGCCUUUGCUUUUCCAGUUCCCAGGUGUUUGUGGAAACGACACGAAUCAGGAGGAUUUCCGCUUCUGUGCGGACCGAAACCAAACUGACUCGGGGAGCGUCCACUACGGCACCCAGAAGGACCUGAUCCGCAUCGUGAACCGUGUGGACCGCCUGGACAUCAGCGCCCCGUUUCCCCCGGAGGACCCCCUGGGGUCCCAGAAGUGGGAGCUGCCCGCCCGGCCGGGGAUCUACCGCUUCUGCGUCUUCUGGUUCCAGGAGGCCCGGCUCUUCCGGCUCAGAUACGGGAGCACGGACUUUGCACUCAGCGCGCGGGCAGAGUUCUCCCUCUACCUGCCCCUGGUCUCCGGGAAGCCCAACGAGAGCAGCACCUGCCCCUUGUACAACGUCUCCUACGCCCACAGCAAGGGCUCCCACAACGUCUCCCUUGCAAGCGCCUCCAUCUACAGCUUCACCUUCGAAGAUUCGGGGAAGCUUGACCCAAAGGAAGCGGAGAAGGAACUCAGGCGAACGGAAGAAGCCCUGAAGAAGUUAGAAGAUGCCCUGAGGGCUCCCGUUCAAGGAAGGACGCCCAAGCGGGGGAAUCCCUUUGCGUAUCUCCUCAAUUUGGAGUCCAAACUGGGAGGAAUGGAGUUCCCGGGGGAGAAUAAGACUUUGGGAGCGGGAUCGCUGCUGAAUGCAAGCGUCUGGAAAAUCCAGACCCCCAAAGACCUGCACAUCAGAUCGGAACUGGAGGAGGGCGAGGAGGCCUCUGGGUUCGAGGUGACGCUGCCGAAAUUUGUGUUCGAGAGGCGGCGGCGCGGGCGGAGGAGCGGCAACACCAAGGUGGUGACACUCUCCGCCCGGAGCCAGAUGCUCUUCCAGGGCCGAGAUGCCAACCAGAUCCUUGGCGGGAAGGUGAUUGGCGUCUCCGUGGGGAACACGCCGGUCCACGACCUGCCCAGGGAGGAGCGCGUGGCCAUCACGUUCUUCCACAAACCUCUUCCGGGGAACGUAACUCCGCAGUGUGUGUUCUGGGAUACGGAAGCCGGCCAGUCUGGGAACUGGAGCACACUGGGCUGCGAAGCAUCACUGGGAUCCAACCAGACAACCUGCCUCUGUGACCACCUUACCUUCUUCGCCGUGAUGAUGGUGUCGUCCCCGGAUAUUGACCACGUCCACCACACCUACCUGACCCUCAUCACUUACGUUGGGUGCAUCAUUUCAGCCGUGGCUUCGUUCUUCACCAUCUUCUCCUUCCUUUGCUCAAGGAAGCGGCAGAGAGACCACAUUGUCUACGUGCACAUGAACCUCCUCUGGGCCAUUUUCAUCCUGGACAUGAGCUUCCUCAUCGCCGUGCCUCUGGCCCCCAACGCGGGGGACACGUCUUGCAAGGCGGGGGCCAUGUUCCUCCACUUCAGCCUCCUGGCCUGCUUGACCUGGAUGGGCCUGGAGGGCUACUGCCUCUACCAGCUGGUCAUUGAGGUCUUCCAUUCCUACGUCAAGAACUUCCUCCUCAAACUCUGCCUGGUGGGAUGGGGGCUUCCCAUCAUCAUGGUGUCUCUGGUCUUCUUGAUCGAUCAGUCCCAUUAUGGUCCAUUCUCCUUGGAAGUCUACGAUUCCGCCAAGGGACCGACCAAUGCAACCAUCUGCUGGGUCACCAAGAAGGAGAUCAACCACUUCCUGAACCUGGGCCUGCUGAGCCUGGUGCUCUUCUUCAACGGGCUCAUGCUGGCCGCCAUGGUGAGAGAGAUCCUCCGCCUGCGCCACCGGGAGCACCACUGGGAGUACGCGGUCAUGCUGCUGGGCCUGAGCUGCGUGCUGGGCAUCCCCUGGGGCCUGGCCUUCUUCGCCUUCUCCUCGGGGACCUUCAGGCUGGUGGCCGUCUACCUCUUCACCAUCAUCAAUUCUUUCCAAGGCUUCCUGAUCUUCCUCUGGUACUUGGCCAAAGUGCUCCAGUCCCGCCGGUCCUCCUCCAUGCAGUGCUCCACGUCCAACAGCAUCAAGCUCCAGUCCAGCAGCACCAGCAUAUGAACUGGGAAUGCUUGCACUUCCCUUGGGAACUUAACGCAAAAACCCCUCGGACGUUGAUAUGUGCCGUUGCCUAUAUUUGGAGAACGGAACGGCAGGACGAGGACGUUUUCUCACCAUCCAAUAAUACUGCAUUGCGCUUUCCUGAUGUAAAUAUUGUGUCUGUAUAUGUGGUGUAAAAUAAUCCUUUUUUGAGUUUGAUAUGCUUUUAUUAAAGUCGUCGGUCUUCCUUGAGA